UCGACUGCGUGCGGAAAAGGCAAAGCAGCUUCCUAUCCAUCCCUGGACUCUGAUUACAACACGCUUAAGAAAAAGCCGAACAAAAUCUAUUUUCUCUCGAUCUAUUCUUCAUUCGAAAACCCUAAUCACUCAAUAAGAUCUCUGAUCCCCAAUUUCAAAGAAGAUCGCGUAAGCGUUUUGAUUUGUGGAUCGGAGUAAACCAUGUUUAACCGGCUGUUUGGAAAACCUAAGCAGGAAACGAAUGCUCUAACCACUUUAGACAAAUUAAAUGAGACGCUUGAAAUGCUAGAGAAAAAGGAGAAAGUACUUGUUAAGAAGGCUGCUGCAGAGGUUGAAAAGGCCAGGGAAUUCACCCGAGCAAGGAAUAAAAGAGCGGCUAUUCAAUGCUUGAAGAGGAAGAGGCUAUAUGAACAACAAAUAGAACAGCUUGGAAAUUUCCAACUUCGCAUUCAUGAUCAGAUGAUAAUGUUAGAAGGGGCGAAAGCCACUACAGAAACUGUAGAUGCAUUGAGAACUGGAGCAGCUGCAAUGAAGGCAAUGCAGAAGGCAACAAAUAUUGAUGAUGUGGACAAGACUAUGGAUGAGAUUAAUGAACAGACAGAAAAUAUGAAACAAAUUCAAGAGGCACUGUCGACUCCCAUUGGCGCUGCAGCUGAUUUUGAUGAGGAUGAAUUGGAGGCAGAACUUGAAGAAUUAGAAGGUGCUGAAUUGGAGGAACAACUUCUUCAGCCUGCAACUACAGCUCCAGCAGCACCAGUGCAGGUUCCAGCAGGAAGGCAACCAGCUCGCCCUGUUCCUCAAAGGCGCACAGCUGAGGAAGAUGAACUUGCUGCCUUACAGGCUGAGAUGGCACUUUGAGCAGGUUUUCAAUUUUCUUUUUUUGUUUGACUUUGUAAUUCAACUGUCUUUUCAUAUACUGAUGCAUUUGAAAAGCUGGCCACUAGUUUGUGGCUUGGUACCAAGAGGGGGAAAAAAAGAAAAAGAAAAAAGAUUCAAGUGAUGGAUUUUCCUAUUGGCUCAAAUUCCAAUGUGGUUUCUUGUAACUAAAUCACAAUAAUGUUAUGCUUGUACCCAAAUCGCUGUGCUUGAUUUAUGUGCUAUGAAGUUGAUUUUGUCGGUUGGAUGA